UAUAUAUCUAAACUUUCUACCUAUAAGUUAUUGAGGGAAAGGAUAUUAUGACGAUUGUCGAUGACUAUAGGACGACCUAUUGACGUGAAAUGUCAAAGCAAUUACACCCAAUAGCUAAAGCUUUGAAAGCAGUCACAUUGCAUAACAAUCACCCCGGCCAUUUAGAAAGACACAGAUACACAAUUUAUAUUUAUUCUUGUUCGCUGGCGUGGGCGUCAAAUGUCUACAAAACGCCUCACUCUCAUAUUCCUAUACACAAGUUUAUACACCUACUCACUUCCUCUAUUCACAUUCUUCAUCCUCAAACCUGUAAGCCUGUUGUGACCCCUGGGGGGCAAAUGCCACAACUCUGUGCUCCAGUUGUUUAUCUACCUACAAAGUGCUUCGUUGGCAAUCGAUAAUAUUCCCGAGUCGGAGUCCCCACGAUGACAAGGACAACGACAACGACUACGACGACGAUGUCACAGCACAGGCAAAGGCACUAUAAGCACUACACUAUAUGCAUACAUUCGCAUACAAAAUCCUACACACACACACUAUCAUAAGGUGUCCUUUUAUAGAUUCACACAAAUUGGAUAUUCCUCAUAUCGUAUCCAUAAACAAAAGGUGAGACCUGAUUGUAUCCUCUUACCGUUGUUUGCCGUUCUCCUGGUGCGUCGCAGUCACUAGCUGACGUUUUGGCUAAGUCUCACUGUGCACUGUGCAGAGCUUCACACUACCUUACCUAUCUAUCUUAAAAACUGGGUAGAAGCGUCAUCAUCGUCAGUCGGCAGCGUUCAAUCUCUGGAUUAAGCUCUCUGCAUUGGUCAUACGGCAGCCAUCAUCAAAACAGACAGACAUAGUUCCAACUAAGGGACAGGAAAUCCGGAGAAAGUAGGGGGCAGUAAAAGAGCUGUGCAGAGUGAGACACCGACAUCAACAUCAACAUCGACACCGAAAGCCAUGACAUGCAGUGACGAUGAUAACGUCGAUCGACAUGUGUCGCCAUCUUUUUCGUCCUUUUCAAAACCACCCCCAACAACACGCAGAGACAACUACUCCAGCAUCAGCUCCAGCUUCAGAUUGAGCUUCAGCAUCAAGGCAAUCAGUCCAGCGAGAACGAACACCAUCGGAAUGAUAUUAACCUGCUUAAUUGGAUUAGCUCUGGCAGGAUAUGCGACGUAUGUUGAAAUCCAAGUGGAAAAGGAUGAUGAAUAUCAGGCUAUGUGUGAUAUCAGUGAAAAAAUUAGCUGUACAAAAGUCUUUGCAUCCAGAUACGGCAAGGGUUUCGGAAUUAUCGGUUGGAUUUUGGGUGAAGAAUCGCUGCUUAACACGCCUAAUGGUGAACUUGGAAUCGUAUUCUAUAUUGCAAUUGGCAUUUUGAGUUUCAUUGAAGGACCAUUAUCAUCAAAAAUCCAACUCUUCCUGGCCAUUUUAUCUAAUUGCAUGUCAAUCUAUUUGGCGUACUUGCUUUACUUCGUCCUCGAUAGUUUUUGCAUUGUUUGCGUGGGAACUUAUGUCGCGAAUUUAAUUCUAUUAUUUCUAACAUGGCAGCGAUUUAAGCAUUCAAAUGCUCAUAUGUUUAUUGCUGCACACGUUGAUGCUGCAAAACUAGACUAAAAGUCACGUCCGCGCGUCCGUUUGUCAAUGUUAUAAUACAAUAAUUGUCGAUCGUCGUUGUCGUCGGGAGUUUUUGCCGUUCGUCGUCUUCUUACUCGUCGCCAACUAUAUUCAACUUCAUUUUUCACCUUGUGAAUAUAAAUUAAAUGAAAAGAAAUACAAAUAAAAAUAAAAAUAACAAUAACAAUAUAAAUAUAAAUAAAUAAAUAUGAAUAAAACAACAAAUUUAUGUGUUUA